AUGGCAUCGAAUCAACCAGCCGGCGCUGCCGGACCCCUGCCCGCCAUGCAAGAGCUCUCGCCGACGACGUUCCUCUACGACCCGCCGUCGGCGGUGCUGGACCCGAACUCGCCCAGGCUCAUCGUCAUCUUCAGCUGGAUGUCGGCCCAGGACGUCCACAUCGCAAAGUACACGUCGCGCUACAUGGCCCUCUACCCGUCCGCCAGCAUCCUCCUCGUCAAGUGCCCCUUCAUCCACACCCUCUCCACCCGCAUCUCCAAGCGCCAGAUCAAGCCCGCCGUCCCCGUCGUCCGGUCCCUGGCCGACGCCGCCCCGGCGGCCUUUUCCGGGGGUGGCCAGCCCCAGCUGCUGCUCCACGUCUUCUCCAACGGCGGCGCCACCAACUAUGCAAAGUUCCUCGAGCUGUACGCCGACGCCGACCGAGCGGGGCGCCUGGCGCUGCCGCCCCACGUCACCCUCUAUGACUCCUGCCCGGGAGGCUUCCACUGGAUGCGGAGCUACCGCGCGCUCUCGGCCUCGAUGCCGAGGGUCCUCGCGCCGCUGGCCCACGUCUUCAUCGGCUGGUUCUGGCUCUUCCACGUCCCGCUCGGGAGGAUCGGCUUCUUCGGGAAGAUGUGGGCGGCGUUGCGCCAAAAGGCGUUGCUAGGGAGCGAGAAGCGGCGGGCGUAUCUGUACAGCAAGGAGGAUGAGAUGAUCCACUGGGCCGACGUCGAGAGGCACGCCGAGGAGGCCAAGGAGAACGGGUUCAAUGUCCGGAAGGAGCGGUUCGACGGGAGCCAGCACGUUGCGCAUGCGAAACUGAACCCGUCGCGGUACUGGGGUUUGGUCAAGGAGAUGUGGGAUGCGGACUUGAAGACGAUUGAGCCGGCGCCAAAGGGCGCUGAGGAUCCCGUCCCGGAACCGCCCAAGACUGCGCCAGAGUCUGAAUCGCCACAAGUCGCUUCCGCAUCGCCAAAUGCCACGCUGGAAUCCGACACGCCAAAGGUCGAACUCACAUCGCCAAAGGUCAUGGCGGAGCCUGAUGUAUCGAAGGCGGCACCGGCACCGGCACCGGCACCAGCACUUGCACAGCCAGUGCCUGCUCCAGAACCCGCCAAAGCCGCGCCGGAGCCUGAAGCACCAACAGCUGCACCACCACCGCCAGAAGUCAAGAAGCCGAAGAGGUCACCGACACCGCCUCCGACCAUCCAGUAA